AGUAAUGGAGCUAACGCUAAUUGCCCGUGUACGAGACGGCCUUAUUUUGGCCACAUCGAUUGAAGGAAACAAUGACGGCAGUGGCGACUCAAGUAUGGUGAAAUACUCGAAUCAAGCAAAAAUGCUCUUCAAGAAGCUGAAUGGGGCUCCAGCACAGCAAAGUGUAGAGUCAGGACCAUUUGUUUUUCACUACAUAAUCGUCCAAAACAUUUGCGCCCUGGUCCUCUGUGAUAGGAAUUUCCCGCGUAAAGUUGCCUUCCAGUACCUCAGUGACAUUGGCCAAGAGUUUCUAAACGAGAACAGUUCGAGAAUCGAGCAAGUCGUUCGUCCAUACCAUUUCCUCGAAUUUGACAAAUACAUCCAACAAGCUAAACAAAGAUAUGGAGACACCAACAAACACGCAAUGAAUACGGUAUCCAAUGAGCUCCAGGACGUCACAAGAAUUAUGGUCACUAAUAUCGAAGAUGUCAUUCAUCGAGGAGAAGCUUUGAAUAUUCUGGAAAACCGAGCAUCCGAAUUGUCUGGAAUGAGCAAAAAAUACAGGGAUGACGCGAAAGCCCUGAAUCGACGAUCAACCAUUUUCAAAGUAGCAGCCUCGAUUGGAAUUGCCGGAGUUCUUUUCCUCAUGCUCCGCUUCAUUUUCUUCUAGAAUUACAAAAUUACCUAUUUAUUUCUCAAACAAAAAAAGAAUCCUGAUGGGUGUUUUUCUUUUCUCGCUGCUAAAUUAUUGUGUUUUUCACCUUCCUUCCAAAUCAUACGAAUACUGUGUUAAAUGUAUUUUAUUUUUUUGAAAUUUAAUGAAAAAAAUUACAA